GUUACGUAACAGUGAGGAAGAGGGAAUUGAAAUGAUGUGUAAAUCAGUGCAAGAAGGAUGUGACGCGUGUCCGUUAGCCAGCUGUAUCCCAAAAUCCUCUUCCCUUUUUUCCCCUCUCUCUCUCAAACAAAUAUAUUCAACCGCUUGCCUCGAAAUAGCGGUGCCCAUAACGCCCACCAUAACCUCCCUUUUCCCGUUUCUCACCGGUCAAACCGGUUGCCAUUUCGUCCCUAUCUCUUCUUCCUCACGAAUCUCUCAUUUCUUUUCAUUUUUCAUUUUUUUUUUAUUUUUUUAUUUUAGUACUACUACUAAUAACUCCUUUCGUUUUGAGUCUUCUCCUUCCCAUUGCCAUAUAUAAACCCCAUUCCCCAUCCUAUUCCUUUCUGUCUCUCUCUUUAUUACCCACAAAAAAAACUGCCUCUUCUUUCUUCAACUCACAAUUUUCACAUUCUUCCCCUCAAAUUUAUCAAUUCCUCAUCAUCUCAGACCGAUUUCAGUUCUUUUUGUUGAAUGUUUGUAUUUUUCUGAAUCAAUGGCCAAUACAAUUACAAGUAGUUCAAUGAGAAGGGAUUCCGAUCGGAUUAAAGGACCCUGGAGCCCCGAAGAGGAUGACCUGUUGCAGCAACUGGUUCAGAAACACGGUCCCAGAAACUGGUCUUUGAUUAGUAAAUCUAUCCCGGGGAGAUCCGGCAAGUCUUGCCGGUUGCGGUGGUGUAACCAGCUCUCUCCUCAAGUGGAGCACAGAGCUUUUACCGCCGAGGAGGAUGAGACCAUCAUCCGGGCUCAUGCUCGGUUUGGGAACAAAUGGGCUACCAUCGCCCGAUUACUCUCCGGCAGGACGGAUAACGCUAUUAAAAACCAUUGGAACUCUACUCUUAAGAGGAAGUGCUCUUCCAUUAGCUCUUCCGACGAAGGUAACGAUUUUUGUAACGAUUUCCCUGAUCAGCAACCCCUCAAGAGAACCGCCAGCACUGGGUCUGCCGGUGGCGGCCGGGGUUUCAAUCCCGGUAGCCCAUCUGGGUCGGACGUUAGCGAUUCCAGCCUGAAUAAUAUGGGUUCUUCUCAUAUCUUUAAGCCCGUUGCCCGUACUUGCCACCUUAUUCCUCCUCAGCAUGAUACAAUGAUGUCCGAUGAAAGCAACGGUCCUGCGACUUCAUUAAGCCUCUCUCUUCCCGGAAUCGAUACGGCGGAGGUUCCCGUCCGGGCAGCAUCUGAGCCUCCCCAGCCCAAGAACCCGAUUCAACUUCUUCCUCCGGCACCGCCAGUAGAACAGUCUCCGGCCAGCCAUCUCAACAUCUCGAACGAACCAGCUAUUGGACCGCCUUCCCCUGCAUCUCCACAGCAGGAUAAGGUUUUUGUACCAUUCACCGGGGAGUUAUUGGCAGUGAUGCAGGAGAUGAUAAGGAACGAAGUGAGGAGCUAUAUGAUGGGUAUGGAAAAUCAUCAGCGACAGCAGCAAAUGACUCAACAUAUUCCUCAGCAGCCGAUGAUGAUGAUGAUGCCUGGUGGGAUCGGAAUGGGAAUGUGUUAUCAGCAGGCUUCAGUUACGGCCAAUGAUAAUGGAUUCAGGAAUGCUGCUAUGAAGCGCGUGGGAGUCAACAAGAUCGAGUGAGAAGAGUUUUUUGAGGAUUAGAUUGGACAUUGAGAGAAUUAGAGAUGCGGGAAACUAAAAUAUGUUGAAGAAAGAAACAAUCUUUGUUUCAGUUUCUCUAUCUCGAUGAUGAUCGGCCGGAAAAACUAGAGCCAACGGUGAACUUUGGCCGGCGUUUUUUUUUACCUUUUGUUUCAUGUAAAUACUAGUAAGAUAAAAAAAAAGAAAAAAAGAAAAAGAGAAGCGGUUAAAAAUGGCAGAAGUUGUAGAGGCGGCCGUUAGAAUCGGCCAUUUAGCUAAAUCUGGGAAAAAAAGGGGUCGAUUUUGAAUUCGAAACAGAAUAGAGUUAGUAGUUCCAAAAUUUCCCGGAGGUUAAAAAAAUGGAAAAUCAGAUUUCCCGUUUUAUCUUUUCACUGUUUUAUAAAAAUUUGCCCCGCAGCUCACAAGGAAAACAAUUGAAAAAUGAUGAGACGAAUGCAAAGAAAUUUUCCAGUAAAAAGAUGAAAUAAUCCCAAUCUGCGCUUGUCUUGUGUGUUUAUAUAAUUGUUAGUUUAAAAAAUAAAAAUGAAUUAAGUUAAAAAAAAAAGUGGAAUAGGGAAAAUCAUACCAAUGUGAAGAAUAUGAGAAAAAUGCAAAUUUAAAUUUAAAAGUAAUAUAUAAGUGGCCCGGAAAUCAGGAAAGAAUAAUAAGGGGAACUGAAAGCGAGACUGUGAAAAAGGGUAUAGACUGUAUUGGGGACUGGGGGUGAUUUGUCGUUUUCUGCGCAACUCUAUUAUGAUGAUUUGCUUUGGUGUGGGUUUCAAAGAUUACAGCUGUGUUUUGGUUCUAUCCACGAUGAUGUCAAUGCUUUUAAUUUUACUGCUCUGAUUACUGAAUAUGACUGCCCCAUUUGUCACCCCCCGUUUUCAAUUUACACUUUUGGAACCGGUAAAUCAUAUACCCUUGCCAGCUUUCUUCACUCCUUUUAUUAAACAUUUUUAUACUAUUAUCGUAUGAUGUCAAGUGUUUUUUUAAUUAUUAUUUUUAUUGGUAUACAUCACUGUGGAUGUAAAUAUAAAUUGUUGAUUAUUCAGUUUUUGUAACAAAUAUUAUGAAACGUGACAGGAGAUGAUGUGUUACAGGAAGUGAUACACAAUAUUUCUGGUUUGUUUUAAUUGGUC